AUGCGACCCUUGCCAUUGACUGGCGUGCUUGUACUCCCCCGAAGCCUGGCCCAGAGCGUUGGCACGAUCCGCACCAUUCACAUUGGCAGCUCAGGCACCCAACCGCAAACCGCGAUCUCGGACAUCCUUGCCCACUCGGCCAAGUCGCAAGGCAUCAGGCCCCCAUUGCCAGACUCGCUCCCCCACAUCGUCAAGCUCGAAACACCCGCUCGUCGCUCGUGGUUCCGCUCCUCAUCCGCCUCGCAGCGUCCAGCUUCCUCUCAAAACUCAAGCGGCCCUCACGGGAAACAAGACGCACCCCCCACACGACCCGGUCGCUGGCUGAGACGAUCCGGAAUCCUAGUGGCCGCAUUGGGCAUCGGCUAUGUCUUCGACGAAUACCUGAAUGCACGAACGGCGCAACGCAACCUCUUGACCGCCUGGACCGGCCUGCAAAUUGCCUUGGACUACAAACUCAACUUUGACCGCGACUCGCUUGAGUCCAUCAACGCACUCCACGAGCGAUGUGCCGACAAGCUUAUGUACGUCUGUGAGAAGAACCAGGGACUUUACGUCAAGCUCGGCCAAGCCAUCGGUUGUCAAGCCGCUGUCUUGCCCAAGCCGUAUCAUCAGCUGACGAAGCUGUUCGACAACGCCGAGCGCUUGCCAUACGACGAGGUGCGCAAGGUUUUGACGGCAGAACUGGGCGCGGAUCCGAAGGAGGUGUUCGCCGAGUUCGACGAGGUGCCUAUAGCAGCGGCGAGUGUGGCGCAGGUGCACAAGGCACGGCUCAAGCCUUCGCCCGCGUCCCCGCCGGGAACGUUGGGUCCCGAGGUGGCUGUCAAGGUGCAGCGCCCCAACAUCCGCAAGUACGCCAAGUGGGAUCUCUGGUCGUUCCGCAUCCUGCUCAAGCUGUACGAACGCAUCUUUGAGCUGCCGCUGGCGUUUUCGGGCCAGUACAUCUCAGACCAGAUCGAGCAGGAGACGUUUUUCCAACACGAACUCGCUAACUCGCUGCGCGCCAAGAAGGCCAUCGAGACAGACCCGGAGGCGUUGGUGCGCAAGACGUGCUACGUGCCUCGAUUUUACGAGGAGCUGUGCACGCAGAGGGUGCUGGUCAUGGAGUGGAUCGGAGGUACGUGUCGCAUGACGGACCGGGAGAAGCUGGAGGAGUGGGGGUUGUCAGCGAAGGGGGUUUCGCAGUCGGUGUGCGAGGCGUUUGCGAGCCAGAUUUUCCAGCACGGGUUUGUGCAAGCGGAUGGGCAUCCGUCGAACGUGCUGGUCCGCAAGCAUCCGAAUGGCAAGAAAGGGCAGCACCAGGUGGUGCUCAUCGACCAUGGGUUGUACGUCGAGCUGAGCGAGGAUUUCAGGCGCAAGUACGCGCAGCUGUGGAAGGCGAUCUUCACGCUCGAUCUCAAGACGCUCGACGAGAUCACCGUGAGUUGGGGGAUGGGCGAGGGGUCGUCUGAGCUGUUUGCGUCUGCGACGUUGCUUCGGCCGUGGAGCAAGCCCAAGAGUAGGGAUGAGUCGGGCAAGCAGGGCGGCCACACCCGCAAGACGGAUCUCGAGUUGCAGCGCGAGAUGAAGGAGAAGCUCAAGAGUUUCCUUGUGCACACCGAGCUGCUGCCCAAGGAGCUGCUCUUCGUCGGACGUUCGAUGCGAAUCAUCCAAGCCAAUAACCAGGUGCUCGGCUCACCGGUGAACCGCCUCAACAUCCUCGCCAAGCACGCUGCCGCCGCACUCAUCGCCAACACCGAAACGCCCAGCCUGUACCGCGUCUUCCGCCCGCUGCACACCCUGCCUUCCGCCGGCAAGACUAGCACAAUAGGUCACCGCUUCGCCGCAUGGAUCAAGGACCGCCUCGACUUUGUCCGCUUCCGAACCACCCUGCUCGUGCUCGACAUGGCGUUCAUCGGUUCCGGAGUCUCGCACUGGUUGAGGUAUUUCUUUAGAGCGCCCGUGUCAGCGUUGAUGGGCAGGAGGGAUCCCAACGCGGGCGGGUUCGAAGACGAUCUGGAGCAGAGCAUGCGCCAGAUGGCGAGGGAUGAGUUUGGCGUCGAGCUCGACGAGGGUGCUUUCGUUGGUUGA